UUUUCAAGUGGUUAAGAUGCUUAGGAAAAGAUAAGCAAGUAGCAGACUGUCGUAUCCUAAUUAAAAAUAAAGUCGUAACUAUAUCUCUGGGAACCAUGCAUGCGUGCAUGAUGUUGACAAGUCACUUGAAACUUGAGCACGCAAAUUUCCUGCCCAGAAGCGAGCAUUUGAUCAUGUUUGAGUCAUUCAUCUGUGAUCGAGUGAAGAAGACAACACCGAUUUUAUAGCGUGGAUAAAAUCCAAGAUUACGCAGUACAGGCCUUACUGUGAGUCAAAACUGGGAUAAAGUAUUGAAGACUGAAACUAGCAUCUUGUAGUAGACUGACAGGCGUCUUAAAAUUUCGGAUAAACGCUUCAAAUUUAAUGGUAGGUGACCCAUUCCUGACUUUGGAUAUAUAAAAACCAUGUAACAUCUGUUGCCUUGUUUUCAGUACUCGUUCCUAAAAUCCUUGUUUUCGUUUGUUAAAAUGAUUAUAUCAUGCCUUAUAAAUUUGCUUCUUCAGUAAAAGGAUUUAGAAUUCAUUAUUUAGAGCUGGCAGUUAUAGUGCUCUUUCAUCCUUUCAGUAGCACGCUCUUCGGAACGUUUCAAAGUCUCUGAUGUUUACUCUUAUCAUACCUUGCAUUAUUUGGCCGUUGGUUGUUAUUUUUCUCAGACUACAAAAAUCUUGUGAAUGAUCACUGAAGUGAUUGCAACAUACUAGAAAUAUCAAAAAUCCACUCUGUCAAAGUUAUUACAGCUAAUUGCAAUGCAACAGUAACUUUAAUAAAUCUGUCUUUUUAGAAUAAUUAUCAGUUUAGUCUUAUAGAAAGGGUUAUAUGACCUCGAUGGGAUGCAUAUGAAGUAAAUUUGAAGCUUUUACCAUGGAUUCAAUUAAAAGAUUAUCAUCAACCUUUCUUUCUUUUUUUCUGUUUAUUUAUAACACGGAGACUUUCUCAACCAUGACAUUCUAGACAAAAAAUUGAAUCUUGCUUUGAUUUUUGUUAGCAGUUGUGCAUAUUUGGUCUGUUGGUGAACUUGAUUUUGUGGCUUAUUGUCAUUUUUACGUAAACUAAAGUAAAAAAUGAAGAAAGCAACUAUGUACAGAGAACAGCUGUCUAUAUUGCACACUUUUGUAUUGUCUGAACUUAGUUCAAAAGACAGAGCCAUUAUUAAGACUCUAAUUGUUGCAGAUAAUUUAAUAUCUGGUAUGCAUUAGUUAAGGGACAUUACUUUGCUAUUGAUACAGGUCUUAAUGCAAAUUUCUUGUCAAGACUAUUUUGCAUCAUAAAUGCAAUAUUGCUAAUGGCUUGAUGUGCUUAAGUAAAUACAAGGUGACUUAAUAACUUACGUAAUACGCUGUUAAUGCUACUGCAAUAUAUAGUUUUUGACUGGAUAUAUAAAAGCUUCUUUAGUUAAGUUAAAUUGUACUUAUAAUUAUUAUAAAUACAAAUUAACUUAACUCAAGAAGCUUUUCUUGAAACACAGAUGUAUUAAUACUGUGCUAACAGUGGUGAUUAGCGCGAUUGUAGUACUCCUUUAAAGAGUGUCCAAAGUUCAGAUUUAAGAAAAUGCCUUGAGGAUAAUUAUUUCAUUUUGUAAAAUCCUAAAAAAAGUGGUAAAAAAUGAAAACUUUUCUUUUAAUGGUAGCACUUACUAUAGGAUUUCAUCCUCAGAUUCCAGUUAAGAGUUCCCAGUGUUUUUAUUUUAACAGCAUAAUGUAUUUUUGAGAAAGCAUAAAACAAGGCGGAAAGUUCAAAGAGGGUAGGUACCUAGGGUCAAAUAGUUUUUAAAACAGGAAAGUAGAAAAAAUAUUUGGAAUUUUCUGUGGAGAGCAGAAAGGGAAGUGUUUAUUGAGAUAUUUUCAAGAGCUACAAAAGGUGGAGCUUUUCUUCGUAUGACUUCAUAAAGCCCAAUCAGAUUCAAGGGACAACUCUGUGAUAAGGAAAACAUAGGAACAUGGGAAGCUUAUUGCAUCAGUGAUACACAUGACAUGUAUGGGUUGUCUGACUACAAUGAUGAGAUUAAGUGCUUGAAAGUGCCUAAGAUCAGUGCUGUUCGUUGAUUUUAAUUGACACUGUUGAGGAGAGGGUUAAGUUCAUCCACUGUUUGUCGAACUUGCAAAAGAAAGAAAUUCACCAGGCUGAAAUUCCAAUUCCAAUGAGACUGAAAUCAAAAUACCCUUUCUUUUUCUUUCAAACAUUUGUCAAACACAAAAUUACUAUUUAAUUAUCUUUUGCUGAUGAUAAUAUUUAGCUACUAAAACAACAGAUCAACAUAUAAUAGAAAUUACCAGUUCUGUUCAGAACGCUUUUUGCAGACAGUUACAAACAGAUUGCUAGUCCAUUCAGCAUUUUUAUUCGUCCAUUCAAACGUAUUGCCAGUCUGUUCAAGUAAUAUAUUCAUCCUUUAGAAUGGAUUGCCGAUCCAUUAAAAUGAUUUAUUCAUCCAUUUGAAUGGCUGGUCAAACUGUUGAAUGCCUUGUGGAUCAUUCAUUAACCGUUCAUUACUUAUGCAUUUUUCCCAUUCAAAUGGUUUUCCUUUAGUGUCUGUUUUGCCUUUCACGGUCACAAUUAGUAAUCUGCCCCUUUUUACCUCAAUUUUCACAACUCCUUUUUGUUUUUUUUGUUACAGGAUCUGUACAGUACUGGAGAGGAAACAAUCCUGAACCUUAUUGACACAACUCUGCCAGUUGAUAGCUAUGUCCAAACCUUUCUUUCUCAAGAAUGGGAGUAAUGGCAAAACCAGACAGUCUCCACUGAGUUUUGAUUGUGAAGUCAACUUUGCUUUCCCCAAAUACAGCAUCCAUUCACCCGACCUAGACCUGGAAAGUGUGUCAGACAGUGACGCAAGCAGUUGGAAGAAUAUGGGAGAUAUUGGCGCUAGCAGUCCAAGUUCCUCUACGCCAAGGAGUUUGUCUCCUCUCAGUUCACUUAGCGGCAGUGGAGAUAGUCGGCAUACCAACAGAGUGUUUGAUUUUGCGAAUGAGCCAUUAAGUCCUGGCUACAGGAGUGUGCGUUCUCCUGUUUUAAGGCCCAGUACUUCUCUGUUGGAGGUUUCAAUAGCCAGCUUGCCACCAGAAUCUGAGCUGAAGCAGUGUUUGAUGAGAAUUCGUGAACAAAUGGCUUUAAGUCUUGUGCGGUUAAAAGAGCUAGAAGAGCAGGUUAAAAAUGUGCCAACUUUGCAAGUUCGUAUAUCAGUGCUUCAAGAAGAGAAAAGGCAGCUCAUUAAACAGCUGCAGUCAAAGAGUGUUCGGAAGAGGACAAGAUCAGCUGAUUACGCAGGAAACAGUAUGUCAUACUCAAGGGGAUCAAAGAGUGAUACCGAAAAUGAUGAUGAUGAUUACUCUUUACUUAAGAAGAGACUCCGCGUUAGGCUGAAUUCUGUUGGUGUUGGGGAUUUCUCAAUCAAUGAUGCUUGUUCCUGCGGUAACCAAAGUGCAGAAAUUAAAAGGAUUUCAGUCAAAUCUGUAUGUGUGGAAACAGACAGUAGCUUGGACGAAGGGGUCGAUUAUCAGAGUAAGCUGUCGCUGGUACAAGAAGCAAAGAAACCCAAAACAAGAUCAAUCGGUGUGGGGAUGAUGAGGUCUUUCACAAAAGAUGUUGGUGUUGGGGAUGGAAGUGCACUUCUCUUUACAGAGCCAAAAGGGGUUCAGGCUUCAGUGGAUAAGAAAGAUUCUUCAUGUGAUGCUACCUCUUCUGCCGUCACAACUAAAGAUGCAGGCAUUUCUGCAAAGCCGCUUUUCUUUUCAACAGGAACCAACACUGAGCUUCACGGUUCAAGUGACAAUCUGAACAAAGACACUGAAAGAAAGAUCUCAGACAUGGCCAGUGUUGCCGUUCAGACAAGCGGAAAAUCUGAGGUUACAAUGGUGUCAAUCGGUGUUGGAAUCUGCACCAUUGAUGAUGAACCAUCAUGCCGAAAGUGCUCCAACAGAAAGUCUCGCACAAUAUUGAAAACUGUGGAUGAGAUUAUGGCAAAUCGCAUUGACAUUCCAUUUUAUAAGUCCGUUGGUGUGGGUGAUGCAUGUCUUGAUGACAACUACCUCUGCAGCCGCUGUAGCAACCUACAAACAAGAACCGUUGGUGUUGGAGAAAAAGUUGAGCUCAGGAAUGUUGCUGUUGGGGAACACUGUGUUUCAGGAGACCGGCUCUGUGAUCGUUGCAGUAACAUCAAGCUGAAAAGUGUCAGUUGUGGAACUGAACAAAUUUCUACCAAAGACACUGGUGUUGGAGAUGAUAAAACUGACAAUAUUUUGUGGGAACGCUGUUCAAAUUUGGAGACAUCAUCAGUUGGAACACAUGAUGGCCAGCAGGAGGAGAACACUUUUGUCUGUAAAGUUUGCAGCAGGAUGCAAACCAACCAAGAAAACAUUUAUACAGAGAAAAUAGUGAGUGCAGAAAGACACAUCCAGCUAGAAUCUGUAGACCCAAACAGCUUUGUCACAGAAGAUAAACAAGGCAUGCCUUUGAGAAGGAAAAGCUCUGUUCAGCAGAGUACAAGGACAAUUGGUGUAGGUAACUGUGGUGUUAUGGAUUCAUUUUGUGACAAGUGUGAUAGUUUGCGAACAAGGUCCGUGGGAGUUGGUGAUGGUAAUGUUUCUGUUGACCUGAUUUGUGAUAAGUGUGCCAAUAAGAAAACCAAGUCAGUGGGAACAAUGUGUGAAUUUGUCGAAACAAGAUCAAUUGGGGUCAGUGAGUGUUGCAUUACUGAUAACUUCUGUGACAGAUGUAUGAACAUCAGAACGCAAACUGUUGCCAUUGGAGAUUGCUGCGUGACUGACAGCUUCUGCGAGCGGUGUUUCAAUGUGCAAAUGCACUCUGUUGGCGUAGGAGACUUUGAUGUUAAUGUAGACUAUAAACCAGCUGUGAUACAAGCUAAUCUUGUUGCCGUUGAUAAUAAUAAUACUAAAUUUGAUUCUAACAUGAACAUUAAAACAAGUGCUCCCAUCACAGGUCAGAACAUAGUUAGACAUGUACAGUCUAAGCAGUUCAAUGCAUAUUCUAAUGAUGUAAGGAAUGGAAUAGGCAUGAAAAAGGGACUUAACCACAGCAAAGAAAGUGACCUUAAUGAGUCAGAUGGGAGUAUCGACAACGACAACCCCAGCAGUGACAGUGCAAGCCAAACCAGUGAAGUGUGGGAUACGUUGCAGUCUCCUGACCGCAUUAGGUAUGGAUCCUUUAUAAUGCUUUGAUGGUACAACUGCAAUGUUUUUUUCUGAAGGAUUUGCCUAAUGCUGUCAAACCCUUUAAAUUGUUUUUUAUGACCUUGUUGAUAUUUUUGUUGCCAUGGCAACCAAUUUUGAAAAAUCUUUUUACUCUUAAGGGUCCUCCAGGUUAAGCAAAUAUGAAUUACACAUGUACAGUUUGAUUUGUGAAAUACUGAAAAACAAAUAACAGCACCAAGUGAAAGUUGGUGAAGAGGUUUCACUUGAAUAGACGUAAUUUAACAGUUAGUAAUGUCUACGAAGCGUCACCAAUAUCCUUGUUCUGGGUUCCCUACGGACUCAAAAAAUUACGAGAAGAGGGUUUCUAAUUUUCUUUUAUCUUGAUUGGCAAAUCGACAAUGGCAUUUUUAACAGGCCAAUCAUGGCACGUACUCAAUUCCUGGUACACAGGUGGAGGGCCCAGAACGACUAGGAUUUCAUCGCUGUUUUUCAGACAGACUUAACCAUAGUUAAGUUUUGUCUGCGGUGCAGGCUACUUUAAUUAAAGAUUUUUUUUCACAAACUCAGAAGUUAAAUCUACACUACAUUUUUCCAUUACUGACUGUGGAAGUGAAAAACUGAGGAUUUCCAUCUCAAUUAUCAUAAUCAUAUAUAACUUAAUGAUGUAUUGAUUUAUUGUGAUUAUUGUGGGCAUCAUCAUCACAUUUAUUAUGUUCAGCAUCUUCUUGUUACAAUUAACAAGUACAGUCAGUACUAUUUAGAAUAGAAUUGGUGAAAUAUUAUUUUGAUACCAAUCAAAUGAAACUUUUCAUAUUUAACUUCUCUUCAUUAUCAUAACUCUUUCAUUGUGUGAUCAAUGGUAAUUUAGAAAAGUACCAUAGAGGUUUUGACCUGUGAUGAUAUAUUUAGCACAAAUCUGUCCCAUAUUAGUGCUUGCUAUAUCAGAUUUCCUAGUGUUAUUGGUCAACAAAUUGUGCACCCUAAAAUUUGAUGAUUGGCAAUCAUGAUUUAGAUAUCUGUUUUAGCUACACACCUAUAUUUUGCCACAUGUUGCCGCACUGUUAAGUAUAAAAUGAAUGUGAAACAGCAGGAGAGUAUUUUCAUUCCACAUUAAUUUUUUUCUGUGAAAUCUGUAUCAAAGGAAACCAAUUAUAGGAAGUCACCCUCCAUUAAGCAAUCAUUCGCCAAUGUCUCAUCAAUUUAUUUCUAUUGAGCAGUAAAGGUGUAUUUAGCAGUCAGUUGGCUAAUCAAAUUUCUUAGAAUAACUUCUCUAGUUGUAGAAUGUUUCAUUAUGUGAUCACUAUUUUCUUGUUUUAAACAGUUUUAACAAUUUGGGGUGGUUUAAAUCUCAUCAGACAGAGAAAUGUUGUAGAUUACCGUUUUAGUACAUCCUUUUUGGGAUUUCCGGUGUUAAUCACUUGAUUUGUGCAAAUUUAUGUGAACACUUUUACACAUAUAUUGUCUCAUGAAAUAUAAAGGAAACUUUUUAAAAACAUGGGAAGAACAUUUUAAACAGCUUCACUUUUAACUUUUUAACUGACCAGGAUAUAUAUCUGUGAAUUUUGUUUAGAGCGUAAAUAUUAUUUGCUCAAUAAAUGGCUAUGGAAUGAUCUUUUUUUUACUGAUUAAUGAUUUUUUUCAUAAUCAUGACUAAUCACCAUUUUGAACACCUGGAAGAGCAAUUAAGACUUGAAAGUCAAUUAUGUUAUUGGCGUAAAUGGACCAGUGUUAAUAGGUUUUUAACCUUAAAGUUUCUGAAUGAAAUUUUAUAGCUUGAUCAGGGCAUAAACAAAACCUGAUUGUGUCAAGCCCCGUAACUUAAUUACCUAACAACAAAAGGUUAGGGAAGCAGGAAAGGACUGUGAGAGUUGAUCUGGUCUGCUCCAAUCUGAUCCAGAUCUUGUUAUUGACCGUUCAGAUAUUUUACAGGUCCAAUUUUAUUUCAGGUUAAAUUUUUUAACUUAGGUUGAUUCUCAAUUUCCUAUGUCUUCUAGCCCUGCACAUACACAAUGCACAGGGCAGUUCAGUUUUGUAUAACUACCAUGUUAGUAAGUGCCCUGUGGAAGCUUAAAACUAAAAUGAAUCAAUUGCAAUAAAAUUAUUGUUUUGAUUUUAUGACAAAGCAUAGCAGCUAUGUAAAAGAAUGUGGUAAGCUAUUAAUCCACAAUUUGAGCUAGAUUUUGGAAUGUUUCAGCUGAAGCUAUGAAAGGAAUUUGUCUACUGUAACUGUAGACUUUCUGUAAGUAAUGAAACAAAAACUGAUGAUGGUGUGCUUCUUGGCAAUUAUUCCCAAAUGAUGCUUAUAACCUUUGUUUUCUGUCAAAUUUCUAGUCUGUUUUGCUGUUUUGCUUCCUUGCUAAGAAAGCUAGAUUGAAAAAAGAUAUGAUAAGUGUUGACUUCAUUUUCUUUGGUUAUAUUGCUCUAACAGUUCUAAUCUAACAUCAAAAUACCAUUCAUCCCUUACAUUUCUCAGUACCCAUUAUGUGUAUAAAUAUUUUACUUGUUUUCAUAUGAUAUUGGCAGAUAAGACCUGAUAAUUGCAUUAACAUUUUUCCCACUGGGAGUUGCAGUUUUUAGAAUGGCAAUCCAUAUCUUCUGUUAUUUAACAUUAAAACAAUAUUUCUCGAUACUUAACGUCAUGAUUGGCAAGAAAUAUUGUCUUUCCUGUUUGCUUUCUUUGUCUCACCUUUCCCCACCAUCUCCUCCCCAUCUCUUCCUCACCUCUCCCUUCUACUUUCCCACCCCCUCCCCCUCCCCACACACUGUUCUUUAUUUCUUUCCUUAUCCUUUUGAACAUCCCUGAUCUCAUGAUCCCUUUUCCAACCCUACUGAGCUCAUUUCCCCUCUCUCCCCUCCCUUCUCUAAUCAUUUUCUCUGUCCCACUCUUACACUAUCAAAAAAAAUUCUCAUCCUGUCAACAGUAUAAGAAUUUAUUCCUAUUUAUUCCUUUAUUUGUUAAUAUCAUUUUGCAGAAUCAAAGAUGAGGUUGUUGUUGCAUGUAAACUGUUGAAUGGCCACCUUUACAAAGGCAAAGAAAUUGGCAGAGAGCAAAUGGUAAUAUUACAGUAUCUACAGGCAGUUUUCUACGAAACCUCAACAGAUUGUCAGUUAGCUAACUUCUUAUUUCAUCUGAUACUUGUUUAUCUUGUUUAGUUAAGUUUUUUCAGCAAGCUUAACUUUUGUUUACUCAGCCCCACAGUAGAAUGAAAACUGGGCAGUUAGUGUUAGAGCGCUUUCCAUUUGUCAGAACUAACCAGCCAGUCCAUUCACGUAGUAAUGAGAAUUUCACUUUAAAUCAAAACUAUCCAACCAGAUUAGUCAAAUUCUAAAUAGUAUGCACGAACUGAAGGAGAUGGUUUUUCAGCAAAAACUCUUGGGAAAGGCCUAUUUCAUUGUCAAAGUGACUGCUCCAUCCAUGGUCUGGCCGGCCAGUUCUGACGUUUGAAAUGCGCCCAUAACAUAUUAUCCCACUCUGUUAGGAGUGCUUUUGAUUAUCCAACAAGUUUCUAUGGCAAACGACUCAUACAAGCACAAGUUUCUUGUUUGUAGUAGAGGAAUACUUGCAACAUUCUUCUCUUGUGAUGAAUGUCAUUAGUUCAGACCCCACUGGCUUGUCCUUUAAAUAAGAAGUGAGAAAACUCUUUGGCCGACAUGUCUGACAUUGAGCUUAACAUGUUUCUUUUCUAAAUUAAACCUUUCCGUUCUAUGCCAAGUUAUUGCGAGAUUAUUUUUCACUUUAACUUUUAAAUCUGUGGAUGAAAUCCUACAGUGUUACCAUUCAAAUGAUACCUCUUUUGCAAGAACUUCUGCAUAGAACGAUUUAUUUCUUAAGAUUUUACAAAAAAAAAAAUUGAACGUUUUGGGAAAUAUUUUAAUGUGGGAGUUAAAAAGAAAUCACAUUAGGAUUAUUCGAGAUAGCCCACAUUUAGGUAUGUUUGAUCUUGUGUGAUAUGCAAAUAGGAGUGCCUUAUAAUUGGUAACUUAUUGGUUAUAAUCUGUAAGCGCUAUUUACCACAUAAAUCGCUGUGAUACACUGGAUAAUUGUUGAGUGAAUCCACUCCACUCUUUUUCAGUUUGUUCGGUGCAUACCCUCACGGGGUGUACAGAGUCCCUCGGGAGAAAAAAUCAGAGACUCUCUGGGGAGAAGAAUUUUCUCCCUACGAGAUACGCUGUGUUUCUUUCGUUAACGCGUAGACUCAUCACCGUUGUUCAAAAAAAGAAAGAAAGAAAAAUAAAAAUCCUUUGAAAAUUUGGGAGUAAAAAACGUGUGUUGGUGAAGAAGCGAUACGAGCGUGCAGAAAAAAUAUGUCCUUUUAAAACUAUAGUACUGAAAACCAAACACCGCAAAAAGGUAGGGUGGGGAGGGUGGAGUGCUAGGACUCAUCCAUGUUUUGUUCCAUGAUUUGGGAAACAAUUUGCACCCAAUUUUUAGGUGCAUUACAACUUGUAUUUGUCAUGAUUUCUCAGAUUUCCUGCAUGAGUACUGUGGAAGGCAAUUGGUUUCGAUGUGUAAGUUCAAGAGAUUGUGAUGCAGAGAUUAUCAAGGGACUUCUGAAGAUAUUCAAGAAUCAAAUUCCCAUGCUUCUGGAGACCAUUGUCAAUUUGGUUGACAGCAAUGUAAGUCGUUAGGUUAUUUGCAAUUUACCUCUGAAAUUUGUUUAAAAAUAACCAUCUGACUAGGCCUAUUCGAAAAAUCCCACAAUACUCUUGGAGGUUGAACCUCGAAUAGACCUCUUUAGCUUGUCUGGUUUGUUUUCCCGAUGUAGGUCAUGUGACGUUCUGCUUCCCAAGGAUGAGUUUUCCACGUUUUGCAUAAGAGGCACAUUUUCUAAAACUGGAUUUUAAGAACCCCUCAGGAAAGAUGGAAACGCCUAUUAUUAAGACUAAUUGUGUGAUAUCUCUGAUUAUUUUUCUCAUUUUUCAGGGAAACAACGCUCUGCAUUAUGCUGUUUCGUUUCGAAACUGGAAGAUUGUGGAUGUAUUGCUAGGAACAGGAUCCAUGAACUUGAAUUUGCCCAACAAGGUACUUUUUUUAUUAUGAGUACUUAUUAUUUAUUAUGGUAGAACUUGCGUUUGUUUGUAAAAGACAGGAGCUAGUAGCACUUCAGCAAUUCACCUUCUGAGCGUCAGAUUUCACGUGUAGUUUCACGUGACUUUUGAUGACCUUUGUUGUAAACAAACCCGCAAAGUUCGGACAUCUGUUCUCUCUCGCAUACUGUACAUGUACGAAGUACGAGUCGCUACUUCAAGUUCGAGUUAACUUAUAUAUUUUCCUUCCCUUUCACUGUUUGAAAAUCGAAUAGUUUAAGGUUCAAAAUGUCAAAGCAGAAGAUCUAGAGUGACUUUAACCGCCUCAAGUGUGUUAAAACAGAAAAAAUAUUCGCUGGUACAUGGAGUUUCAACAAGCGCGUAGAAUUCUCCUGUUCAGUUGAAAGAAUGGUUUUGCACGAUGGAUCUAAACUUGAAGAAAAUGAAACUGAUGAUGCAGACACAUUUAUAAUUCAUUAUAAGGCAGUGUGCUUACAUUUUCGUCUCGACCGCCUUUUAUACGCUUAAAUAUAUAAGCAACCUUAUGCUUAUCUUGUCUGAAGUAUAGUACACUGCCUCCUUUUGUCUCUACACGAUUAAAUACAAACCUAGUGUAUGUUCACAAAAGCCUGCACUUUUUUGCUACAGGCCUCAGUAAGUAAAUGCCAUCAACAUAACCGUCAUCAAAAGUGUCGAGUCACUGUUUGCCGUAAUAUACAAAUUGAAAAGCAAAAUGUCAAACUACAAAUGGCCAAAUGGUCUUUGUAGCGAAAAUGGAUUGGUGAAUUAAUAGCGUGUGAUCGCGUGUGAUCAUGAAUUUUGAAAUGUGAAUUAUGUAUGUAUCUUGAAAUUUGCCUACAUCACCGGUUUUAUCUCUUUCGAGGUUUAUUUCCAAUGUUAAAACCAUUUCUGCUGAGACGGGAAUUUCCACUGCAAGCACUCCUCCGUCGUUCCUGCCGUAACGUCUGCUAUGUUUCUGGCCUUAAAAUCGCUGUUAUUCUUCUGCUCAGAUAUUUUUGAACCUUAAACUUUUCGAGUCUCAAACAGCAAAAGGGAAAUAACAUUUAUAAACUAACGCAAACUGGAAAUAGCGAGUGUAGUUCGUACAAGUACAGUAUGUGGCAGAGAACGAAUGUCCGAACUUUGCGGGUUUGUUUACAACAAAGGUCAUCAAAAGUCACGUGAAACUACACGUGAAAUCUGACGCUCAGAAGGUGAAUUUGGGGACUUGUAUAGGCAAAUAAUUAUGACUAGAGGUUACAAAUUGUAAGUACAAUGCCGCGUCCAGACGCUGGACUGUAAAACAUCAUCUGAGAAACGACCUGCUGGUAUACACAUUUUGCUUAUUACAGACCCCUUUAUUUGGUCAAUUAAUAGUUGUGGGAUAAAGGACUACAAGGGGGCCGUAAACUCAGUUCUUUGUUUUUUGGGUCGCCUGUUUACAGUCCUACGAAAAUAAUUUGAAACUGUUAACGUGAGCCACAAUAUGCGAAACUUAACGCAAUUAGAAUGACGACACUGCAGGCUGUUUCUGCUAAAAAUCAUUUUUGAUGUUGUAGUUAAUUUUUUAUAUCAGGUAAUUUUUUUCUUUUGUUUCAACUUAAUUAGCAUGCAUUACCAUACCCAAGAAAAAAAGAAAAACAAAUUACCUGAGAUAAAAAAUGAACUACAACAUUAACAACUAAAAUCGAGACUGUAACACCUACAUAGCGACAGGACACCCGGAGAACCACAGGCGACCCAAAGAUCAGUGUUCUGCUCGCCUGGGGGCUCCCAGCAUUAAAUAUAUGUUGAUGUUAAUAAUUACAGGCUGGUUACACGCCGGUAAUGAUGGCGUCGUUAGCGGGAGUUACAAAAGAGGACGACAAAGAAACUGCCAGGAAGAUGUUUCGAGCGGGAGAUGUCAACAAGCAAGUUGAUGAUGUAAGUAGUUUGUACACGGCGGUCUAGAGAAAUUUUAUUUUCAUCAGACGAAACCCAGUUAUGAAAGGUGGCAUUAUGCAGUGUAAUAAAUGAAACAGGCUUUGAAGCAAACGCUGCGUGCAGCGAGCAGUGAGCGCGGGAAAGUCACGGGUAGUUUUGUUUUCACUUGUGAUUGGCUGAGAUUGGCACGUGAUAUUUAAGCCAAUCACAUUGCGUAGCGGUAAAAACCACUGCUGACUUGCUUUCUUUUUAUUAUUUUUGACGGCACCAGACAGGACAAAGUCCGCUUAUGUUGGCCGUCAGCCGAGGACGAAUGGAGAUGGUCGAGAUUUGUUUGGAAGCUGGAGCUGAUAUAAAUGCUGCAGACGAAGUAAGAGAGCUUAUCUUUUUUUGGUUCAUUGUUUAAAUGGCUAAAUGUUAACGCUCAACUUUGAGUGCUGCCAAACAAUUUAUACUUGUAGCUAAGUCACUUCUUGUCUAUGGCAUGGGUCGCCAGUCGAACCAUCUUAUUCUGAGAAAGGGUUUCAUUCUCUGUUUUGAAAAAUGUGGUACACUUCAACAAUUAAAUAAGAUCAAAGCACAAUCACUUUAACCAAUAACAAUAGCGAAUGUUCACUGAAUAAGGUAAUCGUAACUUCAGCCAAUCACAAUCACUGAAUACAAUUUAACGAACCAAUCAUAACUUGAAGCAAAUGCGUGCAGCAGGCGCCAAAGUGGCAAGAGAUUUUUUCUCACAAGGUUGCAGCGUGCAGGCAAAACUAUCUUGAAAUUGGCUUCCGCAAUUGACUAUUCGCGAGGAACGCACAUUGACCACAAAGGACUGCAAAGGACGGCAAACAAAUGUGCCGCAGGAGUUGAGGAGAGGAGUUGAUUAUUGAAGGUUUCCUUUUAAAAAUAUCACUGGUUUGCUUUGUGUCUUUGCUAGGAUGGAUCUACAGCGCUGAUGUGCGCAUGCGAACAUGGUCAUCUCAAUAUCGCCAAGCGUCUACUAUUGGAACCUGAGUGCGAUCCCUCGAUAGAAGAUAAUGUAAGUCUCAUUCUAUUUCCAGCGUUUGGGUUCUUUUUGGUCUACAGGGAUAGUAUGCGGCUUUAUUGUAAUACGUUCACUGUGUCUUAUGUAGCUUAGCUCUUGUACGGUGUCUUCCCAGGCCUUCUCGGUCAAUGCAUUUCCAGCCGUGUGGACUAAUGAGGCGGAGGAACUAGGCAAUAUAUCUCUUUCUUGAGAGUCUGGAUAAAAAAAACCUAUGGUGUGACAUUCAAAUGAAAUCUCUUCAGUGGACCUUCCUCGUGGUACUAUUUGUGUUCCAUUCUGCUCGUUGAAACUUGGAGAUUUUCAUUAACUUUGAUUUUGUCCACUAAUGUCAGUAUAGAGUUUAAAAGUGCAGCUCAUUGUUAUCAGAAGUUUGGCACAAACAUCCCCUCAUUUAUCUUAAAGACAAUCACAGCUAAGUUUCUUGGAAUGUUGUUUUGGUUUUGUUUGUUUGUCUGUUUUUCAAAUAUCGCGUCACAUUCCUUGAGGAAGGCAAAAAUUUGAGCGUUAUCACGUAGUGUUCUUCCUGUGAAAAUGUUUUUCUGUUCAGUAAAAGAUUCAAAAGAUGUGAUGUAGAUAAUUUUAACAGCACGUUCAUUUCGAUUUAUCCAACAGGAAGGCAGCACAGCCCUUUCCAUCGCCAUGCAAAGGAAUUUCAAGGACUUGGCUUUGUUGAUUUACGGAAAUGUCAGCUUCGAUCCAAUUGGAAAACCUCGAAAGGUUUGCUAGUGUACUCAGUGCUUUAUUUUCCAAAGGCAGAGCGAUUUUCGCUUUAGUGUCGUUAACCCAAAACCAGAUCAAUAGCUCUGACCAAUCACAGUUUAGGAUGACAAUCUAAGAACCAAUCAGAAAUCGAAACAAAUUUACGUGGGUACCAAGCGCGGGAAACUGUUUGCGAGAAACUCACAGUUGGUUUUUAUGUUACUCCUGAUUUCUGAUUGGUCAAACAAGCUAGAAAUAGUAGCAAUGCAAACUCCUUUACUGUUCAGAUAAGAGCCGUUCUAGGGCAAAGUCUCGAAGCGCUCAACCUGUUAGCACUCAGGUCCGUAGACUACAAACGUAUAAACAGUCACAAUAUAAAGCAAAGGGAGUAGCUUUCUGUGAGGCUGUUUCUAAUAGAGGAUAGAGUAUAGCAAAGUUUCAAACUUUAGAUUUAAAAAAUGAAAUGACUUUGGCGGUAUUAAUCUGCAACACUCUGUUGUCUGUGUUAUUACGAAGCAGUUGUUUAGGAUCAAAAGUAAUGUGUGUCAAAGACUGAGCACAGGCAGCUUUCCUUUUGAUUUCACAAGGGCAAAUCAACAGAAGGAAAGAUUGUAAGCUUCUGCUAAUCACCAGGAUCAUUUGAUUUUGUUUUCAGAAACUUCCUGGCCUGCCUUGCAAGGCGUCUUGAUCACUAGUGAAGUGCGGAACAUCUUGGAUUGUUAAUUGCCUUUUGCCAGGCUAAUAAAGCAGUAGCAGACGGGUUCGAUCAAAUUCGUAAACUUGCUUUUCACUCUAAUAAAACAACCAGAGUGAACAGGGUCAACGAACGGAUAUUUUCCACAAAUUUGUGGUUUUGCUGUAUAACUUUAUUUUGCAGUUGAAGACUAUUGAGGCCUCUGGCAGUUGAGUGUCUGUCAUGCAAACUAAAGUUCGCCCUCCCUUCCUUAUUACAAUGCGUACUCUUUUGGAGUACUGAAUUCUCAAGUUUAAUGGCGCGUAGUUAUAGCCUAUAGUUGAAAGUGUGUAUCUCACUUUGAACCAUAAUAUUCAUUGCAGUGUGACUUACAUAUAUAUGUCUUGGACUUGGUUAUAUUUAAGUAUAAAAUAGCUAAGAUGGUACGCGCGUUCUCAUUGGUUAAAAACCUAUUGUUUAUUGUGCCGGUAAACUCAUAGAAAACUUAAAAUCAUUUUACAAAAGCAAUAGACCACACUUUCUUUGGGUCUUAUUGGCGUGAUAACCCACUUGGGAUGUUGGGAGAAUACUCUCAUGUUCUCGUGUUCUCCCAACAUCCCGCGUGGGUUAUCACGCCGGUUAACCCAUAGAAAGUGUGGUCUAUUGCUUAAAAUAACUGUAUAUCUUACAAAGAUUUUCAGCUACUUUACUCAAAAAAAGGACAGAG